GUCUUCAUAACAUGAAGAACUUCCAGUCAGUCCCCAUACAAAACUGGUCACUUUAAGGAGACCCAGUACACUAUUUAUAGUGCUUCUGGCUCAUUAGCCUCCAUCAGUCUGCUGUCUACUUUUUGUUGUUUGUUGUUACUUGAAGCACUUUGAGGAUCAUUUACUAAACAUUUAUGCAUAUAAAAGUAUACAAUUUUGAGUAAACUGGCAUUUUGAAUUUUUAGGCCACUCUUGCCACUUUUGUAAAGUAGGUUGAGAUUAGUAUAAGGGGUCAGGCCCACUGCAGCCUUACACGUGUAAGAAUUUAGGCAUAGGUUUCAACUUCUGGUAUAUGGACAUUACGGAUGUGGCCUGCACUUCUUCAUAAACUGAUUGCAUCUUUUGCCAAGGCUUUUGCUAAGACUGGCGUGACCUCCCUGUGUGUGUUGUUUGUGUCUUUUUUGUUACUUUAUAUCUGAGGAAGGUAUUUGUUGUGUAGAUCCUUUUGCAUUCUUCUAUGAGAUUAGUCCUAAUUUUGCUGCUCUGUACAUGUUCUUGCAGAUUUGAUUCCUGCCAAUUCUAAUAACACAUCAGCAUUACAUGUGUUUGAUAUCAUGUUUCAUCCUGUGGUUAAUCUACAUAUUUGAGGUAUUCACUCACCACGACAGACUUAAACACAGCAAGGUGCUUAUAGGCUAUGUGGUAUCGUGAGCUUGGCAGCUUGCAUACCAACAUCACCUAUGGAUCCAUGCUGAGGAUAAGGGAAGACACAGCAGGAAAUUGCAUGAAAUUAUAGGCUGUGACAGUAAUUACAGACAGAGGGGAGCUGCCCAGUCCUGUGAUUAGACCUGAUGGCACUGGCAAGAGUGGCACACAGUCAGAGAUGGGUGUUAUCUUGGCUUACAACUUAAAUAGUUUUGAGCAUGAACCUUCUUGGAACACAAAGCACUUUAUACUUCCAGGCAGUAAGAUCACCAUGAUCUCUGCCUGACCUGUGCCAGCUUGGCCUAGACUGGCAUUUUCUGCAGACCCAUAUAAUACAGAACACAGGAAAUUAGAAGUUCAAGGACCAUGAGUGUGGGCAGAGUUGGGUUGGUGUUGCCCCUACUGUUGCUUGCAGCAAUAUUUACAUCCAGGGCUUCAGGAAUUUGCCCGCAUGAAGACCCUGAACUCCAGCCGUGGAGCCCAGAACAUAGUGAAGAAAAUCACGUGACUAUUAAUGGAGGCAGAAAGUUCCUUCUGAUGUCUUCUGUAACUGUACACUCCAUACAUAUCACCAGCGGGGGAAAGCUUGUCAUCAGACCCAGCAAUAAUGCCAUCAUACUCCGAACAAGAUACAUACUGAUCGAACAUGGGGGAGAGCUACACAUAGGGAGCGAAGACUGUCCAUUCCACGGCCAUCUCACCAUCAUCCUUUAUGGAAGGUCUGAUGGUGGCGAGCUUCCCCAUGAUUAUUUUGGUCAUAAAUAUAUUGGCGUGGGUAAAGAAGGAACUCUUGAGAUUCAUGGAGAGAAGAAGAUGUCCUGGACAUUUCUGGGCAAGACCCUGCAUCCUGGUGGUUUGAGUGAAGGAGGCCACUUCUUUCAAAAGGGUUGGGGACAUCGUGGGAUCAUUGUUCAUGCUAUUGACCCCAAAACUGGAGACGUGAUUCAUGCAGAUAGGUUUGAUACAUACAAAUCUAAAGAUGAGAGCACCCGCCUUGCUCAGUACAUUAAAUCCGUCCCGGAGGGUACAAUAUUGUCAGUGGCUGUGAAUGAUGAAGGAUCCAGACAUUUGGAUGAUUCUGCUAAGAAAGUGAUGACAAAACUAGGGAGUAGACACUUUCUGCACUUGGGGUUUCGACACCCCUGGAGUUUUAUCACUGUGAAAGGUGAUCCAUCCAGCUCCGUGGAAGACCACGUGGAUUAUCAAGGAAGCAGAAGGUCCGCCGUGGCUCGAGUGCAUAAACUUUUCCAAGCUGAAAAUGGCGAACACUUUAAUGUUUCUUUGGCCAGCGAGUGGGUCCAGGAUGUGGAGUGGACGCAGUGGUUUGACAAAUAUGAAAGCACUCGGCCCAGAGACUGGGAAAAGUUGUCUGAAUUUCAGGCUGCCUAUCCAGGAAAAAUCUGCACCCAUCCCAUUGAUAUCCAGGUCACUACAGUUGAUGGGACAAACAUACCAACACAGGUCUUCUACAAAGGAGGCCAUGAUUAUAGGUUUGAAUGUCGUCAGAACAACAAAGUUCAUGCACAGUGCCCAAACUACAAAGUUCGUUUCCUCUGCGGAGAGCCAGUGAAGCCCCGACUGACAGUGACUGUUGACACCAACGCGAACAGUACCAUCCUGCAUUUGGCAGAUAAUGCCCGGUCAUGGAGAGCUGGCGAUAUUAUUGUGGUGACCAGCACAGACUAUAGCAUGUAUCAAGCAGAAGAGUUCAAAGUACUACCCUGUAGGGCUUGUGCUCCCAAUCAAGUCAAAGUGGAAGGACAAGCUAAGUAUCUCCAUAUUGGAGAAGAAAUAGAUGGGGUUGAUAUGAGAGCAGAAGUUGGGCUUCUCAGUAGGAAUAUUGUCAUAUUUGGAGAAAUGGAAGAUAGUUGUUACAACAGCGCUGUGUGUAAAUUCUUUGACUUUGAUACUUUUGGAGGCCAUGUUAAGAUUGCCCAAGGCUUCAGGGCAGUUCACUUGGAAGGCAUAGAACUGAAACACAUGGGACAACAAUCAAUGGGACAUUACCCCGUUCACUUCCACACGGCUGGUGAUGUGGAUGAAAAAGGAGGUUAUAACCCUCCCACUUAUGUGAAAGAUCUCUCCAUACAUCAUGCAUUUUCUCGCUGUGUUACUGUUCAUGGCACCAAUGGUUUGCUGGUAAAGGACGUUGUGGGCUAUGACACUCUAGGACACUGUUUUUUCACGGAAGAUGGUCCAGAGGAACGCAAUACAUUUGACCACUGUCUAGGUGUUCUGGUCAAAUCUGGGACCCUACUGCCUUCUGACAGAGAUAAUAAAAUGUGCAAGACUAUAACCGAAGGAGCUUAUCCAGGAUAUGUGGCAAAACCCAGGCAGGACUGCAAUGCUGUUUCCACCUUCUGGAUCGCCAAUCCCAAUAACAACCUCAUCAACUGCUCAGCAGCUGGCUCAGAAGAAACUGGAUUUUGGUUCAUAUUUCAUCACAUACCUACUGGUCCUUCUGAGGGAUUGUAUGCACCUGGAAAAUCUGAACUCACUCCCUUAGGAAAGUUCCACAAUAAUCGUGCACACUCCAACUACAGGGCUGGAAUGAUCAUUGAUAAUGGUGUCAAAACCACUGAAGCCACAGCCAAGGAUAAGAGACCAAUUUUUACACUGAUUGGAUCACGGUAUGGGCCGCAUCAGGAUGCUGAUCCUUUCAAGCCAAGAGUACCUGCAAUAAUCCAGCAUUUUAUUGCUUACAAGAACCAGGACCAUGGAGCUUGGCUGCGGGGAGGAGACGUUUGGCUGGAUGGCUGCCAGUUUUCUGACAAUGGAAUUGGUUUAACCCUGGCCAGUGGAGGGACCUUUCCAGAUGAUGAUGGAUCCAAGCAAGAAGUCAAAAACAGCAUAUUUGUUGGAGAAAGUAACAAUGUGGGAACGGAAAUGGCAGACAACCUUGUUUGGGGUCCUGGAGGAUUUGAUCACAAUGGGAGGACGCUACCAAGAGGAGUGAACUUUCCAGUCCGUGGCAUACAGAUCUAUGAUGGACCAAUCAAUGUGGAAAACUGUACUUUUCGCAAAUAUGUUUCCCUAGAUGGACGUCACACCAGUGCAAUUGGAUUCCGUCUUAAUAACUCCUGGCAAAGCUGUCCAAACAACAAUGUGACCAAAAUUACAUUUGAAGAUGUGCCGAUGCAUUCACGAGUUUUCUUUGGAGAGCCUGGACCAUGGUUCAGCCAUAUGAACAUGGAUGGAGACAAGACCACAGUUUUUCAUGACGUAGAUGGCUCAGUGUCAGAAUAUCCAGGAGCAUUUUUGGUGAAAGAAGACAACUGGUUAUUGAGACAUCCUGAUUGUUUAGAUGUUCCAGACUGGAAGGGAGCAAUUUGCAGUGGCAAUUAUGCCCAGAUCUAUGUCCAAGCAAGAAGACCAGCCGAUGCAAGUAUGACAAUCAUUAAAGAUGAGUACCCUGAGCAUCCAUUGCACUUAGAAGGAGCGCUUGGAAAAAGCAACCAUUAUCAACAGUAUCAGCCUGUCAUCACUCUGCAAAAAGGCUACACAGUACACUGGGAUAUGACCGCCCCUGAGGAGCUGACUCUUUGGCUUAUUAACUUCCAAAAGAAUGACUGGAUUCAAGUAGGAUUUUGUUAUCCUAAAGGGACAACAUUUUCCAUCCUCUCAGACAUUCACAAUCGCCUUGCAAAGCAAACAUUCAAGACGGGAACCUUUGUACGCACAUUCCAAAUGGACAAAGUGCACCAGGCAUACCCUGGCAGAGGGUAUUAUUAUUGGGAUGAGGAUUCAGGGCUGCUGUUUUUAAUGCUGAAAGCUCAAAAUGAAAAAGAGAAAUUAGCAUUUUGCUCAGUGAAGGGCUGCGAGAGAGUAAAAAUCAAAGCCGAGAUCCCAAAAGGUUCUGGUGUCAGCAACUGCCAAGCUUCAGCCUACCCCAAAUAUUCACAAAUGCCCAUAGUGGAUGUGCCUCUGCCAAAGAAACUGAAUGGGAAUGAUCCGGAGAAGACAAAUGAUCACUUACUGGAGAUCAAAGUAGAGUCCUACAACACCAGAUACUACCAUCUGAAAGAUGACUUUGCAUACAUUGAGGUGGAUAACAAAAAGUUCUUCAUGCCAGACGAUGGGAUACAAGUGGUUGUGAUUGAUGGAAGUCACGGAAAAGUUGUAGACAGUGCUAGCUUCAAAACUGCCAUCCUACAAGGAAUCCCAGCUCAGUUUGAUAACUAUGUGACCAACAUCAAAGACAACUCUAUUGUGGUCAUCGUAUCAAAAGGAAGACUUUACCACAAAGGACCUUGGCUCAGGGUUCUGGGAAGACUUGGAGCUGAGCGGGAUCUAAAGCUGAAAGAUAAACUAGCUUUCGUUGGAUUUAAAGGACAUUUCAGACCUAUUUGGACCAAGCUGGUUACAAAUGCAGAGGCUUCGAAAAUCUACCAAGUUGUCCCUUUUCCUGUGAAGAGAAUAAUGAAAUUAUGAACAUGGACGGGUGAAGUUUUACCACUGUUUUUAUUCCCAGGCAGGGGAGGAUUGCAGACAUUGGCACAGCAUGUCAGAAUGCACAACCUCUCCGCCCAUUGACACGGCACAGAGUGUGCUUGCGUUGUACACAUUGUACCUGGGUAUUGUCAAAAGGAAUCAGUGCCCAUGGGCUUCUCGUACCCACCAUGCCAGGCUCCGAUGUGCUCAGUGCCGCACUAGCAUUGAAGAGGACUUGUCGUUAGCACAUAGAAUAUGAUUCCUACAAAUUCCAAUUUGUAAUUAGGGGAUUCAUAUGUAUCCUUGUAGUGCCAUCCCUAUACUGCCAGGGUAACGCAGUUGCACAGUAUUCAUUCACAAGUUCUGCUUUUUGGUGGCCAUAGGGUUGUUCAGGUUUAAAUUAAUUGUUUGCAUCAAACAGGCCAUAAUCCUCAAUAUUUUUAUUUGUGACACCUGGAUUCUCUACUUUAACCAAUUUUCUGCCAAAAGAACUUUUCACAUCAAGAUUUUAUGUCUGUCUAGUAAAUGUUUUAAUAUUAAUAUCCUAAAAUACAUGAUGAGGGACCAAAGGCUUACCUUGAGCAUCUGAAAGAUGUGGUGUUUCCGAUCUGUUGUGUCUGUCAUCUGGUAGGAAUUCAUUUCUGUAAGCUCGCAUGGACAGCAGGACUUCCUCCAGUCUUCUGCCUGAAGCAUCUUGGUAAAUUGAACAUUUAGCAUGAGCUGAACAUUUACAUUUUUGCCCUCACAGCUGCAGCUUUUCAGUGGAAAUAACCAUAAUAUUCACCAGAGCUACUGUACAUAUACAUAUAAGGGAGGGUAUGGAAAAUACAAACCAUACAUUCUGCCAUAGUAGUCAUUUUUGUAUCAUCCCUAAAUAAGCGAUCCAACCAUGUUAUCUGCAAGGUUCUAAAUCUUAAAAUUCAGUCUAGGGGUAAAAAAAAAAGAAGGAAAAACAUAAUUUAUGUUAGUAUCUGAGUUUUCCUCUUCUGGCAGAAGAUUCCUUAUUAGCAAAAACCUGGGGGUUACCCUUACAACCUAAAAAUACAAAUAAACCAAUAGGAUUCUGCCACACAGAUCUAUAUGUUUUCACAACAUCCCAUCUGAACACAAAUUAAGAUACUCUAGAGCGGGAAAACUAAAGAAAAGGAAUUCCUAUGUCUAGAUCCACAGACGUCCCCUCUGUAGCCAUCUAGCUUUUAUACCAAAUAUUGCAACCUAGAUAUAUAUGACUAUAAAGAGCAGUGUUUAAAUAGAAUAGAUAACCGAGAUUUACUUAAUCUACUACAUCAUUUUCCUCAAAUACCACCAUGUCUUCUCAUUUUACGCCUAGACUGAAUUUUAAGAUUUGGAGUAUUGCAGACAACAUGGUCAGAUCCCUUGUUUAGGGAUCAUAUAAAAAUUCUACCAUGACAGUUCUAGAGGUACACUUCAUUAAAAGUCAGAUGAUUCCAUCGAUGAUUAGCCUAUGUUACACAUCUUAGUCCAGUGUGAUUAUUUAACUUUUGUAUUUGCUAUGUUUCUAGUAUGGCUUGAAGGUGCAGCACACGUUCUACCUGGCAAUUGUUUGCUAAGGGAUGAGAACAUUUUUGCACAACUGAGUCACAUUACUGAAUUAACCUCACCAUUUGUGGAAAAGGUCAUCUAGAACAAUACAGAAAGCAGAAAUGUCAUUGACAGCUCUGCAUGUGGUAGGACUUGAUGUGAUAAUACCUCUUGGGUAGUGUUUGAACAGGAUUUUACAGUUUAUAUUGAGGUAUAAUCUACAUACAGAGUUGAGGAGCACUUUGCUUAUGUAAUUUUCAGUCAUAGCUUUUCUCAUAUCUCAUUCUCAUGGCUUCAUUCAGAAUUACAGUUUGUAGGUUUCUGAGCUCUAAUCUCCCAGAGUAGCUGCUGGUUCAGUGUCUGUACAGAACGUGUUUUGGUGAUGAGUCUCGUGCUGCAGUCGUUACAUUGGAACUUUGCAGUAGGGUUUAUUGAUGCACAUUUUUGCUGAGACUUUGGAAAAGAACAGCAAGAAGUGAUGUGACUAAAACCUUAAGCUUCCAUAGGAAAAACGAAUUUUCUAUAAUGUAACAAGGGAUGCAUUACAUGAGCUCAGCUAAGCCCUUAGAACGGAGCAUAUCACCUUGCAUUAAAAGUAGAAAAAUGUAAUAAAGCAAGUUAUUUUUCUAAGUUACUCAACUUUUUAUGAAGAUCUUGAUGUAAGCUGUAAAAUAGUUCAGGAAGUUGAACUUGCACUUUAAGGGUAUGGCCACAUGUAGUGUUUACAGAAGUGAAAAAAUGGAUGAAAUUUUUUUUUAAUCUCAUUCUUUCACUGUAGAAAUAUUUAACAACAUCAAUAGAUAAUAUGACAUGCGGUGUGAAUUUUAAAUCUUCAGUGUGUCAACUAUGUUGCAAUGCAGAGGGUGAAAUCUGCAACAUUUCCACACCAAAAUCCACAUGUUUUGCUGUGGAUGUUGCUGCUGUGUAUUAAGUCCAUAUAUGCUGUCGAUUUUGCGCUGCGGAAAUUCUGCAGAAGACCCACCACCUGUGGCUGUACCCUAAGGGCAAGACCACAUGGUUCCUUUUAUUUCUGUAAGUACUGCAAUAAGCCUCGAUGUGUCGACAUGCAAUGCAAUGCAUUGUGUAAGAAUAGCGUACAACUGCUUGUUAAUUCCUACACAGAUAAAAAAAAAAAAUGACAAUGACUAACAUUUUAGCAGACAAAUAGUUAAAAACCAACAUUACAGACAAUAUAAACAGUCAACUUUUACGUAAUAUAUCUUUGUGAUUAUCAUACCAUACUUUUGGCAUACCAUACUUAUUAACAGCACACUCACUAGUUUUGCUUACACUAAGGGACUAUGGCAUUUUCUAUUAUGCUUUGCACUAUUAGGUCAUUACGCUUCCUAGUUUUAAAACCACUUGAAAUUGCCCUAGUCGCUCUCCCUAGAACUUGUAGAAAAGGUUGAUGUGGACACAUUCAUUUGACCCAAACAAGCUUUACUAGUGGGAUUUAUAGACAAACCGCAGUACACAUGGAUCAGUAACAUGGUGUUUUCUGGUACACAGUCUCAGGGGGGAAUCUAUCAAGGUGCAACUUUUUCAGUUUUGAUUUGACUUGGCUAAAGGUGCGCAAAAUUUAGCGAAAGUUGCAUGAUGUAUAAUAAAUUUGGCGCAUAUAUAAACUGUCUAGAAAUGUCACUCCACUUUUCCUACACCAGCCCCGUGCUGGUGCACUCUUGCACCUUUAUUGCCACUUUUCAAAAAAGUUGUAAUGAUAAAUCCAUCUAGAAACUAAUUAACGUACUAAACUUUUUACGUCACUUUUUAAAAGUGGAGAAGGCAGUGUAAAUGGCAAGAUCAGCACAUGUGCCAAAAUUUGCAACUUUUUUACUGGUGUAAAAACUUGAUACAUUCUCCCCUCAGUGUUUUAUGAUACCAUCUUGUCUCAUCUCUUUGUUAUCCAUGCACCGAAAUAGCUGGUCCUUUUUCGGAAAUAGAUGUAAAAGUUCUGUAAAGUGUUUUGUAUGUAUGCAAUAUUUCGUAUGACUUCAUGUGAAACGAAAGAAAAGAAAAAUAUAUAUUUUGUAUUUAUUUAUUCACCUGAAUGCCAGGGACGGAAUAGUUGUGUCAUUUUCAUUGUGAUUGUAUAGGAUUCACUAUGAAUGGUUGAUUUAAGAUGAUCUUUUUGUAAGUCAGGAGUUUGAUUAUUUGCAAAUUUAGAGAUGACUGUAUCAGCAUUUGUUGUCUGUGUAUGUGUUCAUUCACUUUAAAAAAUAUAAAGUUACUUUGUGUCCA